CUAACAUCGGUCUGACAUCUGUCUGCGAUAUUUCCAACAUCCAACUGUUCACAUAGGUCAAUCUGCAGGCUAGGGCGGGGCGAUACCCAUAGAAUGGCCACAGGAUGAUGGAUAUACUAUCAUCGAGUGCUAGCGCACUUGGUCUCUGGGCAUAUGCUUUACUGCCGUUGUUGGCUAUCUGGCUGUAUGGUGUUUACAAUGCUUGGCUUCAUCCUUUACGUCAGUACCCAGGACCGCUCCUUUGGCGAGCCUUCCGAGUCUCUUACGUAGUGUCGAUGCACAAGGGUCAGUUGCACAGACGACUGAAGGAGUUUCAUACCACCUACGGGCCUAUCGUCCGCAUUGCCCCCGAUGAGCUCUCCUACGCAGAUAGUAGAGCAUGGAAAGACAUCUACGCAAGCCGGCCUGGCCAUCAGGUGUUUCCAAGGAAUAGGACUUGGUUCAAGAAGCAGAGUCCAGAUGAACCACUUUCGAUCAUGGGCUUUGAUGAAGCUGCCCAUGCGAGAUAUAGGCGUGCCUUCGCCAACGCCUUCUCUGAUAAGAGCUUGAGAGACCAAGCGCCGAUCAUUGAAGGCUACGUUAACAUUCUCACCUCAAGACUGCAGGAAUCAUCACCGAGCCCUGUGGACUUGGAGCAUUUAUUCGAGUGUGUAGCUUUCGACAUCGGCAGUGACCUCUCAUUCGGCGAAUCCUUCGAUUCUCUCAAGAACGGGAAGAUACAUCCUUGGGUCGAAGUAGCCAAGGGCUUUGGUAAAGGUAUUGCGCUUGUCGCUUCACUCAACAAGUAUCCGCCGGUGGACCGCCUUCUGCGGCUUAUCAUUCCAAAGAAGGUCUUGGAGAAGAUGAAGAAUCACGCGCUGAUGAGCAGUGCCAUGACGCAGAAGCGCCUGGCCAUGGCUACCGACCGGCCAGACUUUGUGACUCCAACCAAGAAGUACGUCGACGCCAAAGGCGGCAUAGAGGGUAAAGAGUGGGACAUCAACCUCAUGAUUCUUGUUUUUGCUUCCAGCGAAACACUAGCCUCAGCUUUGACGGCCAUCUUCCGCGAACUCGUCCAACACCCAGGCGCCCUCCAACGUCUGAGCACGGAGCUCCGCUCCACUUUCUCUUCAGAAGAGGAGAUCACCAUAGCCUCAACGACCCAUCUGCCCUACCUAAACGCAGUUGUAAACGAAGGCCUCCGCCUCGACCCACCCCCCGUAAUAACACCACCCAAAGUCGUUCCCCUAGGUGGAGAUACAGUGUGCGGCCGUUUUGUUACAGCCGGUACCUACGUAGCCUACAACCAAUUCUCCGGCAACCGGCAACCCUACAACUUCCACCUGCCCAACACCUUCCUACCCGAACGCUUUCUGCCGUCUCACCGAAACGAAAACGACAACAUGGCUGCCUUUCAGCCGUUCGGUAUGGGAAGACAUCAGUGUAUUGGAUUGAAGUUGGCAUAUGCGGAGAUGAGGGUCGUUGUUGCGAGGGUGGUGUGGAGGUUUGAUUUGAGAUUGGCUGAUGAGCGGGAUAGGUUUGAUUGGAGUGAACAAGCUACGUAUCUCACGUGGGAGAAGAGGCCGCUGAAUGUUGUGGUUAGGAGGGCGAAAGGGCUUCCGUAGGGCGGAAAAAGGAAGGGGCCCUUCAGAUGUGGGUUUCGCCAGGCGGAGUUACAUGGACCGUCUGCGGUUCAAUCGGAAUGUGCGAAUGCAUUUCAUAUAGAGACUACCCUGGAGUGUCGCCUACAAGCAGGACCAUGGCCACAAGGUAAG